GAUGAUAUUACAUCUCUAAGAGACAGGAGCUGGUCACACUGGACUGCAAUUGUUUUCAUAAAGGCUACGUGGAAGUAAACGCGAAAAAACCCAGCCCGCUGGCGUAAACACACACUUCCUCGACACUGGCAGCUGGCGCAUGGAGUUCCUGAAGAGUGGCAUUAAGACGGUGCUGGGCGGCACAGAGCCGGGCCAGCAACCGAGUGCCGCCGAGACGGUAGAGAAGCUAGUGGAUCGCGUCUACUCGUCCACCCUCUUGGAGGACCGUCGCGACGCAUGCCGGGCGCUGAAGGCGUUGUCGCGCAAGUACCGGAUCGAGGUGGGUGCCCAGGGCAUGCCGCCGCUGGUCCAAGUGCUGCAGAACGACGGACAGGACGCGGAGAUCAUUAGCUAUGCGCUGGACACGCUCUGCAAUGUGGUGACCAGCGAGGAAUUCGACGAGGAAGCCGAUAACCCCACGGUGUCGGUCAACGUGGGCGAGCAGUUCACGGAAAUGUUCAUCAAGACGCCGGAGAACGUAACACUGGUGAUGGGUUACCUGGAUGAGUACGAUUUUCGUGUACGCCGCGCAGCAAUCCAGCUAAUUACGUCCCUCAUCUCAAACAAGACGCGUGAGCUGCAGGAUCUGGUGCUGGUCAGCCCGAUGGGGGUGUCCAAGCUGAUGGACCUGCUCACCGAUAGCCGCGAGGUCAUCCGCAACGAUGUCUUGCUGCUGCUGAUCGAGCUGACCAAGGGAAACUCAAACAUCCAGAAGAUCGUAGCCUUUGAGAACGCCUUUGACCGCCUGUUUGAGAUUGUGCGCGAAGAGGGCUGCUCCGACGGUGGCAUCGUCGUCGAGGACUGCCUGAUCCUGCUGCUGAACCUCCUUAAGAACAACUCUAGCAACCAGCAGUUCUUCAAAGAAGGCAGCUACAUCCAGCGCUUGGCGCCCAUGUUCGAGCUUGCCCAAGACACCGAGGAGCUGGGCUGGUCACCGCAGAAGGUCUCCAACUUCCACUGCCUGCUGCAGGUCGUCCGGGCACUGGUCACGCCUAGCAAUCAGCAGGUAGUGGUGAGCGCUUGUCAACGCGUCAUGCAGAAGUCCCGUCUACUCCAUGCCCUCUGCGAGAUUCUCAUGAGCAGCGGCGUUCCGGCAGAUAUACUCACGGAAACGAUCAAUGCCGUGGCCGAGGUGGUGCGCGGCGACCGGGACAACCAGGACGAACUGGGACGCGUUAUGGCACCCAGCAGUCCACCAAGGCCCGCCAUUGUUGUCCUGCUAAUGUCCAUGAUCAAUGAGAAGCAGCUCCUGGCUCUACGCUGCGCCGUUCUCUACUGCUUUGAAUGCUUCCUGUACCGCAAUGCCGACGGUCAGCGGGCGGUGGUGCAGACGCUGCUGCCUUCCAGCACCUCGGAUGUGAGUGCCCUAUCCACGGGACAGCUACUUUGCACCGGCCUCUUCUCCACGGAUGCCCUGGCCAAUUGGUUCUCGGCCGUCGCCCUGAUGCACACCCUCGUAGAGAACGUGGCGCUGAAGGAGGAGCUGCUGCGCGUCCUACUGGCUACACCCGGCGGACAGCGCCCUAUUACGCUCCUGGAACAGUGCUCCAAUCUGAUGCAGCAGGAACGGUAUCGGUUGCAGAGCAAAGUCGGUCUGCUGAUGCUGCUCAGCCUCUGGUUGGCACACUGCCCGGGCGCGGUGAAGGCGCUACUGGAGACGCAGGGCACCAUGGCCUACCUGACCGCCCAGCUUUGCUCCAACGAGCAUGAUGAACGCGAGUUCCUCGUCCAGGGCAUGUGCGCUUUCCUUAUGGGCCUGUGCAUCCAGUUCAACGACAAUUCCCUGCCAGGACAGAAGCGCGAGGACAUUAGCCAGUUGAUCAUCAAGCGCAUUGGCCAGGAGAGCUUUUGCAGCAAGCUAGCGGAAGUUUCGCGCCAUGAAGCGUACAGCCGGGCGUGCAAGCAGGCGCAGAUCCGUGCCAAGUCCGCGGGCGAGCUGCUACUGGACUACGAGUACUGCAAACUGUACAAGGGACUGGAGGCACUCAUUGCUAAGCUGGUUAGCGGCUUUGAUGUGGACGGCAUCGAGCUAACCGAGCUUACACUCAGUUCGGAGGCCUCGGCUCUGGUCUCCCAGUACAAGGGGAUAAUCCGUGGCAUGGAUGCCCAGAUCCAGACGCUGCAGCAGUCUUCCAAAGAGCUGGAGAACGAGAACGCGAAGCUGAAGGAGAAACUCGACGAGGAGCAGACCCUGAAGGCGCAGCUCUCGGACCAGAACACGUUACUCAAGGCCCAGCUGGGGGCAACCAGUCAGGUGAAUGUGCAGGGCCAAGGCCAAGCGGUAGAGACCCCAGCCGCUAGCGAGGAGGAACUGAAUGCUGCUCGCUACCAGGCGAACAUGUACUUUGCGGAGAACAUUCGUCUGACCAAGGAGCUGGAGACAUUGCGCCAACAGCUGUCGACGGAAAGGCAAAGGGCAGAUGCUGCGCAGGAAUCUCUGGCCGCCACGCAAAAGGACCAGGAGGAUCUGCUCGAGCUGCUGGCGGAUCAGGAGGCCAAGCUCACGCGUUUCGAGGAGGCGACAACGACAAUAUCGACGACAACGACGGCUGCUAAUCCGAAUCAAGUUUCCAGCGAGGCGCCUGUUGUUAGUUCUCCUUUGGACGAGAGCCCCAUUCCCAGUGGCACCGCCAGCAGAUAAGGAUCCCUGCCUGCUGACCAUGUAAUUUUGGACUGGAACUGCCGCCACGAAAGCCUCGUAACAUCUUAUUUACACACAUUCUACUUGUUUUUUAUUUAUAUAUCUAUGUAUAACAUUACCUAUGUACGGAUGAAUAUAUCUAUGUCUUAGCUCGAAAUCGAAA